AUGUUUGAUUUCGAGGACGGCGCGUCUGAACGCGAAAAAUGCUUCACCACGGUCACUCAACUGCCUGCGUUCGUGGAUCCUAAGCAGAUCCCAAGCAAGAAAUCACCCUUCUCCGCAAUUCUCAAUCACCCUCUGACACACACGGUUGAGGUUAUUCUUCCAGAGGCAGUCUAUACCAGCAUUCAAUCAUCAUUAGAUGCAAAAUUGACCAAACCUCGGUAUUCUCGAGUAUUCAUGUCCCCCGCUGACAUACUCGAGGGUGAUUUCUUCAACACAUAUGUCAAAACUGGAAAUGUCAUCAUGAUCUCUGAAGGCCGUUCAGGCUCGGAUACCGUAUUCACCCUACGCGAGGGGAUUUGCAAAAUCGAACUGGGAAAAGAAAUAUAUGAGCGCACAGGGCUGAACGGAAAGCCCAUCCGCAGUGGUGGAAGGAAGCAUGAAAAGGAGAGAUUUUUGAUUGAACUGAACCUUCGACUACCCUCAAUGUUGCAUGGCAAAAAGGGCUUCGAGCGAAUUGUCUGGGCGUUCAAAAAUGUUCUGAACCAGUCUCUGACAUGGCUCUUCUGCGACUUAGAUCCUGCGAGCCAGGAUGAUGAAUCUAGGCCUAUUAAGGGUCUUCACCCACAGCUUCUUGAAUCAGCACCAGCCCAAGCUAAGCUUGAGGGUGUCCUGACUCCACCUCUGCAAAAAUUAGUAUCGAAAGAGAUGCCCGAGGCAGAAAUGCAAGAUAGAUGCGGUGCACUGUCCGAAUGGAUUGCCAUGGUUCAACUUGGAUCCCCCCGUAUCUCUACCGGAGAUUCAGUCGAUUCGUAUCUCAGUCGCUACAGCGUACCAGAGUUUGAUAAAAACGAUACCGUUGAUCUGGUCAGCUUAAAAUGGCGUGGUUUCAUUUCAUCAGCUUGGACAAUGCAGCUUUUCUUGACUCUCAUCGCGAAAAUACUAAUUUUGGCCCAAUUGGGCGGCGGCAGGUCAUCUACGGCAAAGCUCACUUCGGCCGAGCCUUCCUCUUGGUUUGUGAUUUCGUCAUCGGCAUUGGACAGGCAGGCCGUUGAGGGAAGAGAUGGUUUUAGCAUCGCAGUUUCCCCAAAUAUACUGUCGUCAACUACAGGGACCGAGGCAGAGGCAGAGACUCAAGACUGUGAAGCCUCUGCGCUGAAUACUCGACAUGCUAUUUGCUGGGAGUUUGUGGGCGCUUCCGCCCUCAACAGCCCAUGA